ACCCCUCAACAUUCCUCCCCCCUUCUCUCCUGUAUCUCUCCUAUCAAGGACGUGGAGAGUCGAAACAGGUCUGCUCCUGCCCAACUAUCUACAUCCCAAGAAGUGGUCAAUUGUUCGGUUCGGGUCCUCCGCCACAUCAAUCACAAUGGUUCAGUCCGCCAUCCUCGGUUUCCCUCGCAUGGGAGUCAACCGUGACCUGAAGAAGGCUACCGAGGCUUACUGGGGCGGCAAGAUCUCUCAGGAUGAGCUCCUCGCCGAGGCCAAGAGGUUGAGGCUCGCCCACUGGAAGAUCCAGAAGGAUGCUGGCGUCGACCUCAUCCCCUCCAACGAUUUCGCCCUGUACGACCAGGUCCUCAGCCACAUUCAGGACUUUGGUGCCGUCCCUGAGCGCUACUCCAGCGCCGGCCUGAACACCGUUGAUGAGUACUUUGCUAUGGGUCGUGGUCACCAGAAGGAUGGCGUCGACGUCCCCUCCCUGGAGAUGGUCAAGUGGUUUGACUCCAACUACCACUACGUCAAGCCCACCCUGCAGGACAACCAGAGCUUCAAGCUGGCUGCCAAGCCCAAGGCCGUCGCUGAGUUCCUCGAGGCCAAGGAGGCUGGCAUCGCCACCCGUCCCGUCCUCGUUGGUCCCGUCUCCUUCUUGCACCUCGGCAAGGCCGACCGUGGCCAAUCCGUGAACCCCAUCGACCUGCUCGAGAAGCUCCUGCCCGUCUACGAGGAGCUCCUCGCCAAGCUGAAGCAGGCUGGUGCCAACACGGUCCAGAUCGACGAGCCCGUCCUUGUCCUGGACCUGCCCGCCAAGACCAAGACCGCCUUCAAGACCGCCUACCAGAAGUUCGCCGGCCUGGGUGACAAGAUCCCCCAGCUCGUCUUCACUACUUACUUUGGUGACAUCGUCCACAACUUGGAGGCUGUGCCCAAGGAUGUGUACGCUGUCCACAUCGACCUUGUCCGCAACCCCGAGCAGCUGGACACCGUCAUUAAUGCCCUCGGUCCCAAGACCAUCCUGUCUGCUGGUGUCGUUGACGGCCGCAACAUCUGGAAGACGAACUUCAAGCGUGCCAUCGAGAAGGUCGAGGCCGCUACCCAGAAGCUGGGUGCUGAGCGCGUGAUUGUCGCCACCUCGUCCUCCCUCCUGCACACCCCCCACACCCUGGCCAGCGAGAAGAAGCUGGACCCCGAGAUUGCCGACUGGUUCUCCUUCGCCAGCGAGAAGGCCGUCGAGCUGGCUGUCAUUGCCAAGGCUGUCACCGAGGGCCCUGCUUCCGUUCGCGAGCAGCUUGAGGCCAAUGCCAAGUCCGUCCAGGCCCGUGCCACCUCCGAGCGCACCAACGACCCUACUGUCAAGGAGCGCCAGGCUAAGAUUGCUGCUUCUGACUACGACCGCAAGUCCGACUUCACCUCGCGUAUCGCUCAGCAGGAGAAGAAGCUCAACCUCCCCCUGUUCCCUACCACCACUAUUGGUUCGUUCCCCCAGACCAAGGAGAUCCGCCAGCAGCGUGCCAAGUUCACCAAGGGCGAAAUCUCUGCUGCCGAGUACGAGAAGUUCAUCGAGAAGGAGAUUGAGGACAACGUCAAGAUCCAGGAGGAGCUUGGCCUCGACGUGUUCGUGCACGGUGAGCCUGAGCGUAACGACAUGGUGCAGUUCUUCGGCGAGCAGCUGAAGGGCUACACCUUCACCACCCACGCCUGGGUCCAGAGCUACGGUUCCCGUUGCGUGCGUCCCCCUAUCAUCGUCGGUGACGUCUCUCGUCCCGCCUCCAUGACCGUCAAGGAGUCCAAGUACGCUGUGUCUGUCUCCAAGAAGCCCAUGAAGGGUAUGUUGACUGGACCCGUCACUUGCCUGCGGUGGUCUUUCCCUCGUGACGACGUCCACCAGUCUGUUCAGGCCGAGCAGCUGGCUCUGGCCCUCCGUGACGAGGUCGUCGACCUCGAGAAGGCCGGCAUCGACGUCAUCCAGGUCGAUGAGCCUGCCCUCCGUGAGGGUCUCCCUCUGCGCGCCGGUAAGGAGCGUGAGGCCUACCUGGACUGGGCCGUCAAGGCCUUCCGCCUGUCCACCACUGGCGUGGAGGAUGCCACCCAGAUCCACUCUCACUUCUGCUACUCCGAGUUCCAGGACUUCUUCCACGCCAUCGCGGCUCUGGAUGCCGAUGUCCUGUCCAUCGAGAACAGCAAGUCUGACGCCAAGCUGCUGACAGUCUUCGUCGACUCUCAGUACCCCCGUCACAUCGGUCCUGGAGUCUAUGACAUCCACUCUCCCCGUGUUCCCAGCGAGCAGGAGAUCAAGGACCGCAUUGAGGAGAUGCUGCAGUACCUGCGCCCUGAGCAGCUCUGGAUCAACCCUGACUGUGGUCUGAAGACCCGUCAGUGGAAGGAGACCAAGGAGGCUCUUCUCAACAUGGUCAGCGCUGCCAAGCAUUUCCGUGCCAAGUACGCGAAGUAAACCAGUUCAACACACAAAGUCCGCCCUCUCGAGGCGGACAGCCGUCACAAGGCAUAACACACAAACCUUGUUGACACUGAUCAUUCCAUCGGGUCGUUCUCGACGAACGACCUUGACGAAUUCAACAUCGGCGUUUUAGGUUCAAGCCAUGGUAACUAGCGAGUUUUUGUCUUUUGUUUUUUGUCAACCAAAAAAGAGGCAUUCUUGGGCAGAAAGGGAGAUCCGGCGUCACAUUCAACAUAUACCCAUUAAGCAUGGUUGGGAAAAGGUGGUGUGUGUGGUUCGGAAUCAUAAGAUAGGUUACCCUCAACGGGACUAUCGUGGGCAAUAAUCAUCUUCGGGAUGAUAUCGAGUUUAAACCAACAAAAACAAAAAAAACUCGUCGGCGUUGGGAAAUAUGAUGAUUAAUUUUGAUCGCAAUAACAUGCACUGCGGUGAUUGUCAUCUUGCUCGCUUGUUAGGCACUGAUGAUGGAUCAUGUUUGAUGUGCGUACAUCUCUAUGUAGUUGUCUUGGGAACGAGAAUGAGAGCAAUUUGCGCUUGAAAAAGAGAAUAGUCUCACUUA